AUGGAAAAGGAUCAUGCUAACCGCUUUAAGCAGCUCGUUUUCAGUCUUGCUAAAUUUGAUGACUGGAAGAUAAGAAUGCAGGCACUCCUCUGCUCCAUACAUGACGAAAUGUGGGACGUCAUAACAACUGGACCAAUUACAGUUAUGAUGGCGAACACACAAGCGGCAGCUCAAGGGGCCGGUGCUGAGCAAAUGAUACCGAAGCCAAAAGAUUCAUACACCUCGGAAGAAAGGACAAGAGCAAACCUGGACAACGUAGCACGAAAUAUCCUCUACAACUCCCUUGACGACUCCUUGUUCCCAAGAGUCCGAAAGUGCAAGAAUGCCAUGGAAAUAUGGAAAGUUCUGAUGGAACUAGGAGAAUGGGAUGAACAGGAGAAAGAUAACAAAUUGACUGUAGCUAUGAAGAAGUUUGAAGAUUUCAAAAUGCUUCCAAAUGAAACAAUUAUGGACAUGGAGCUGAGAUUCACCAGAUUCAUGAGAGAUCUGACAGAUCUCGGGAAGGAACUAUCUGAAAAGGAAAAGAAUCUGAAAAUACUUCGUGGUCUGCCAAAAUCUUGGGAAAUGAAAGUCAUCGCAAUGAGAGACAGCAAAAAUUUUCAGUGA